UUUUUUGUUUUUUUUUUUUUUUUUGUUCCUGGCCUUCUGCCAGAGGCUGAUACUGCGAUUUUAGCUGGCUUAGAGCAUCCGCCACGCCUGCAUUACAAAUUACGCUCCUUUGAAGUUGCCGUUAUCAAUCGUGAGGGCUGGAGGCUGCGCACUGCCGAGGCUGGAGGGUCAGAGAAGCAGCCCCGAGCCCCCCCGGGAGACCAGCCACCAACCCUCCGCCAGCACCGGCCCGGCUGCGCAUCGCUCUGCCCACCAGCGGGACAGCAAGGGAGGGCCGCGCCGUGCAAAACUGCCCAGCCGCGGCCACCGCGGCCACCACUCCCCGCGCCGGGACCAAUGGGAUCCUGCCCGGCCCACACGCUGCUCCCAGCCAGCCCGUAAAUAGAGGCAGGAGCGGGGCCGCACGCAGAGCAGCGAGUCCAGCUCUCCGGGAGAUGCUGGGCAGGAAGGAACCGGCCACCGCACGGGGGUCGCCUGGGUCCAAAGCUGCUGUUGCUGCUCCUCCGCCCUGGGCUGUGGGCCAUCGCGGGGUGAUGCACCGCGGCAGUGCUCAACCAUGAGCCGAGUGCUCAGAAACUUUGCACUCCUGAGCUGUGCAGCUCCUGGAGGCAGGGAGGCUUUUGCAGCCCCCUGCAAACUGCCCCAACACGCUGGAGCAUCGCAGCCCGGAGCGGUGGCCCUGCUGCUCCUCUGAUGCCUGACGCCAGCACUCAUCCAGCCCUCUGCGCCCAGGUGCCGGGCAGCACGCAGCCAGCCGGAGCACAGGUACACGGCAGCACUGCAUGAGCCGCGGGAAAGCUGGGCAGGGCGAUGCUGCCCUUUAACUCUUUUCAAGCCCCACUGCUGGAAGCGGGGUCCUUGCCCUGCUGCAGAGCGGCAUCUGUGAGCGCUUGGUAGAGUCCUCCCCUCCCCGACAGCACAGGGGGAUCCCAGGGGGAGCAGAGUAUAUUUUCUCUAUUUAUUUUCUCCAGCGAGUCUUUGUCCAGCCUGCAUUUGCCUCUGUGGCAGCUCAGCCCCUGCUGCUGGCCUGCCCUGCGCAAUGGCUGUGUGGGCGCCUGGGGACCCUCUCUGGAAGUGGCUGGCAAAGCUGCUGCUGCUCCUCGAGCUGUGCGCUCGUGGCCGUGCUGUCCGUACGUCGCCCACGCCCCGCGGAUGCCCAGCUGUUUGCAUCUGCACGGCCGACCUCCUGAGCUGCAGCCGGCAGCUGCUGCAGCAGGUCCCCCACGCGCUGCCCCGCACCGCGACCACGCUGGAUCUCAGCCACAACGCCCUCACCCAGCUCCGCGACCGCUGGCUGGCUGCCCUCCCGCACCUCGAGGCCCUCCACAUGAGCCACAACCAGAUUAAAGACCUUUCUCCGCAGGCCUUCCACAAUGCCUCCCGUCUGCAGCACCUUGACAUGUCCUCCAACCGCCUGCAUGCCGUCAAGACGCACUACUUUGAUGCGCUGGUGAGCUUAGAAGAGCUUCUGCUCUACAACAACUGGAUUACUCGAGUAGACGAAAAUGCCUUUGCCAAGCUAAGCAGCUUGCGGAAAGUUUACCUGAGCUGGAAUAACCUCACCAAUUUCCCCUUCCGCUCAGUGCAAGGUCUCGGCAGCUACAGCCUCCGCAUUCUGGACCUCUCCUCCAACAACCUCAGCAGCAUCCCUGUGGAGGAGCUGGCAGUGUUGCCCGAAAACAUCAGGAAUGGCCUGUACCUGCACAACAACCCCAUGACGUGCAGCUGUGCGCUUUACCUGAUGCUCCAGAGGUGGAAGCAGCAAGGUUUCAGCUCUGUGCGGGAUUUCUUUGAGGAACACACUUGCAAGGUUUCCAAUGAUGUGCCCCGAUCCCUGAUUAAGUUCCUCAAAUACAGCCAGAUGUUUGAGAACUGCUCAGCGAGCCCCGAAGACGUGCACCCCCAGCCUUUCCCAGCGCUUGUGGGCCAGACCCUCCUGAUCACCUGCAACACCACCCUGCCGGCCGCGGCCACCAUCUACAUGUGGAUCUCCCCUUACCACGAGCCCAUCAAACACCCUGGCAACAGCAACCGCUCCUUGGAGGUCUAUCGCAAUGGCAGCCUAAAGAUCACAGAGGCCAAGCCCUGGCACUCAGGGGUUUAUGUGUGCCUGGCCAUCAUCAGCCCCCAAAAUUUCAGCAGGAUGUGUGAAGUCAAUGUGACUGUCCACUACCCCAAGCCAGAUGUGGAGACCUUCAGCACUGGCCUCACGACCCUCCUGGGGUGCAUAGCCAGUCUGCUGCUUGUUCUUAUUUACUUGUACCUCACGCCGUGCCGCUGCCUGAGAUGCUGCAAGAAAGCAGCUCCUCUCAGCCCUCGCCAGGAGUGCAGCGCCCAGUCCUCCAUCCUCAGCACCACUCCGCCAGCCACGGAUGGGCCGAACCGCAAGGUCAGCGCCAACAAGCACGUGGUCUUCCUUGAGCCCAUCAGGGAGACGCAGAACGGCAAGAUUCGUCUGGCCCUCAGCGAAGAUUUCCCCGACGCCAAGCACCCCAAGGUGCUGCAGCUCAAGUCAGACUCGGAGUCCAUCAGCUCCGUCUUCUCAGACACCCCCAUCGUGUCGUAGCACAGGGCAGAGCUGAGAUGAGAGCUGGAGCCUCCCGAGAGCUGGAUCUGCCUAGAAGAGCUGUGUUUUCUUCCACGGCUGCUAAAAGGAGGAUUAUUAGGCACCCCUAAUUCCUCACUUGACUGCUACCCAUGAGAGCUAACCUGCAUCACCCAUGACUGCUUCAUCGACGAGCCCCGCGUGCACUUUGGGCCCAGUGGGCACAUUGGUGCCCAGCAAGAGCUCCUUGUAUAAGUCAUCGUCAACAGCUUCUUUAGGGCGAAUGGCAACGCUAACUAACCCAGCACUUCUGAAGCAAGCCCCCCCCCACCCCCCCCACCCGCUUUGUUCGGGUAGUUGAACUUUAACAGUGACACGGAGGCUGGCUGGCUGCCACAUCCUCGGGUAAACAAAACCCAACCCAAGUGCCACCACCACGGACC